AUGAUGUGGGUCUAAUUGAAGCUUGUUAAAAUAGUUAUUGUUUCACUCCUAAUCUUUAUACUGAUAAAUAUUACCAUCCAGGUGACCACAUACAAUGUAGUCAGUUGUGCUUCAAACAAAACUGACGCAUUUUGUGCUGCAAAUGCACAAGCUCCUAAAUCAUGCUGUGCAAAUAUAACUACUACUGUUAUCAACUCAUAAACACUGGCUAAGACAUAUUCUUAUUAGUACUAUUGCCUCCCAUAUGAGUUUGUAUUUUACUAAAUCACACCUUUUGUAAUAUCUAAUACCACAAGCUAUACUUAUGAUUGUGGUCUUUCAAAUCUUACUGCUUCUACUGUUUGCUCUUUGGCAACGACUUAAUGUGGAACAAAUAAUUGCUGUAUGCAACGAUCUGGAUCUCUUGCUGGUAUUGUUACAUAAUUCAGAGGUUUAUGCUAAGCAGUAGCAAAUGAAGGUACAAUAAUUCAUAAUCCAACAACUCCAGCCCAGACUAAUCUUAUUAUCAGCAGUGUAUGUAUGAGCAAUAGUGGAAACUCAGGAGGAUCAGGAGGUACAACCACUACUAAUACAUCAACAGGUUCUUCUUCAGGAGGAACAUCUGGAAUUCCUGUGGGAGGUUACGGCACAUAUGGAGAAUAUCUUCAAUCAACCUAAGCAUUAAUUCUUUUUCUGAUUAGCUUUCUAUUGACAUACAUUAUGCUAGAGUGA